AUGUUAGAUCAGCUAAGUCAUUUGUUCACUUUGAUGAACUCAAUUUCCACUGAUUGUUCUCAGUGUGGCUACGUUACAAUAAGGGCAAAAGGGUAUCUGUUAGAUGCAACUGCUUUUGAGACACUAGUUGUUUGCUACGCUUGCCUUGACUUCUUAACAGAAACGCAUUCUUGGUCACUCACUAUAGCUUUUCUAAGUUCUCAAGGAGCUAGAGUCUCAGUUAAUGUAGAAUGGCAAGCUAAAGAACUGAACUCCCAACAAUGCUUGGGGAAAUCAGCAUGUACACGCUGCAAGUGA